AUGGAAGCAGAAUUCAUAAAUUUAAUUGAAGAUGGUGGAGUUAAGAAAAGAAUUAUAUAAGAAGGUUAAGGAGAAAUACCUAUUGAUGGAUCUAGAUGCAAAAUAUUAUAUAAAGGAACAUUGGAUGAUGGAACAAUUUUUGAUUCAUCAUUAGAUAAAGAAAGACCUUAUAAAUUUAGAAUUGGAAAGGAUGAAUUAAUUAAAGGAUUUGAUAUUGCAUUAAAAUCAAUGAAAGUUGGAGAAAAAUCUGAAUUGAAAAUCACAUCAAAUUAUGGUUAUGGCAAUGAAGGAAAUUCAUAUAAAAAUGUUCCUAAAAAUGCUAAUCUCACUUAUGAAAUAGAAUUAAUUAAUUAUAAAUAAGCUAAAAAAAAGAAAUGGUAAUUAAAAUAAAAUAAUUUUAUAGGGAAAUGACUUCAGAGGAAAAGCAUCAAGAAGCAAUUAAUAAAAGAACUAAAGGAACAGCAUUCUUUAAACAAUAAAAUUAUAAAGAAGCUUAAAAGAUUUAUAAGAAAGCUCUCUCUUAUUGUACUUUAACAACUGAAGAAGGCAACGAAUUAAAAGCAAGUUUAUAACUUAAUUUAUCAAUUUGUUAUUAUUAAUUAGAAUAAUAUAAAGAUUCAAUUGAUUAUGCUAAGAAAGCUCUAGAUUUAAAGACUAAUCAAUAAUAAAAAUUAAAAGCUUUGUAUAGAAAAGCUCUAGCUAAUAUUAAAAUGGCAGAACUUGAAGAAGCAUUAGCUGAUUUAAGAGAAGCAUUUAAAAUAGAUUCUACAAAUUCUGCUGUAAUUGAAGAAUUAUCAAGAGUUAAGAAAUUAUUAAAGGAAGCUAGGAUGAAAGAAAAAGAAAUUUAUUCUAAGCUAUUUUAACAAAAACUGUAUGAUGAAUCUGAAAUUGAACCUAAGGAAAUAGAAAUAAAAGAAGCUAAAUCUGAAGGGUCCAGUUGUUGUGAUCCAAAUGAAAAAAUUGAAGAAGAAAAUCAACUAAAGCAAAAAGAUGACAAAAAAGAAGUUUAAAUAUAAGAAGAAACAUGUGAAGAAAGAGAAAAACCAAAAAUUGAUAAUAAUGAAAAUAAUAGUAAAAUUGUUGAAGAAUCAGCAACUCCUGUUUGA